AUGUCAGUACUCAAUAUCCCCAAGGCGGACAGCCUCAGUUGCCAAGCCGCAUCUCUGACCCAGCACCUGCUCGCGGACUACAGCGACCAGCACGGCGCCGGCUUCAUGAGCUGCACCGUGUACGACACGGCUUGGGUUUCGCUCGUGAAGAGGCAGGCGGCCGACGGGGGGCAGCCGCUGUGGGUGUUCCCCGAGUGUUUCCAGUACGUCCUCGACACGCAGCGCGACGACGGCGGCUGGGACGCCUACAACUCCGACAUUGACGGGAUCCUUAACACGGCGGCCUCGCUCUUGGCGCUUCAACGACAUGCCGAAUCCGCAGACAGCAGCAGCAGCAGCAGCAGCAGCAGCAGCGCGGAUCUCGGUCGGCGCAUCGAGCGAGCGACCGCCGCCUUGCAAAACAGGCUCGCCGCCUGGGACGUGUCGCAGACGUCGCACGUCGGCUUCGAGAUCAUCGUCCCCACGCUCCUCCGCCUUCUCGGCCAAGGCGGGCUCGAGUUCGAGUUCGAGGGGAAGCACGCCCUCAUGGAGAUCCACGCCGCCAAAAUGUCGCGUUUCAGGCCCGAGAUCCUCUACGGAAAAAUGAAGCUGACCGCCUUGCACUCGUUGGAGGCCUUCAUGGGCAUGAUAGACUACGAGAAGGUCGCCCACCACAAGCUCGGGGGCGGCUUCAUGGCGUCACCGUCGUCCACCGCGGCCUAUCUCAUCGGGCUGCCGCCAACGUCGUGGGAUCCAGAGGCAGAGGACUACCUGAGAGAAGUGUUGAGGAGGAGCCCAGGCAACGGCUGUGUUCCGAGCGCUUUUCCGUCGACCAAUUUUGAGUUCUCAUGGGUCCUAUCCACACUUCUCCAAGCCGGAUUCACACGGGAUGAGCUAGGCCCGUCUGUAAAGGUAGUGGCCGACGUACUCGAACGUGCGUUCGAAGCAGGGAACGGGGUCGUUGGGUUCGCGCCCUCCAUCAUGGCCGAUGCAGACGACACCGCCAAGACCUUGUCCGUCCUGAACAUUCUGUGUCUCAACAAGUCCGCCGCGGGAAUGGUUGACGAGUUUGAAACCGAGACGCAUUUCCGGACGUACCCGUCGGAGCGCGAUAGCAGCCUGAGCGCCAACUGCAACGUCCUUCUCGCGUUGCUUCACCAGCCCGAGCCGUCCCAGUACGCGAGCCAGAUUGCAAAGGGGGCCAGAUUCCUGUGCGACACUUGGUGGAAGACAGACGGGCCAGUCAAGGAUAAAUGGAAUCUGUCGCAUAUCUACCCAUCGAUGCUUAUGAUGCAGGCCUUGGUGGAGAUGCUCGAACUCAUCGAGAGUGGCCGUCUGCCGGAAUCCGUUCUAGACAGAGACACCAGGGUAAGGGCUUCGAUCGCCAUAUUCCAAGCGGGUGCGCGCACGAUGCGCGAACAGGAUGCGGCGGGAUGCUGGAACAACUCGGUAGAGGAGACGGCAUACGCUGUGAUAUUGCUCUCCGUGGCCUGUCGCGUCGUCGUAUUCGACCCCAUCCGAAGCCAGCUCCGGAACGCGGUGCAAAGAGGAAGCGCGUUCCUGGAACCGAGAACAUGUCCGUCGGGCGAUUACCUCUGGAUCGAAAAGGUCACGUACCGGAGCGCCGUCGUGUGUCAAGCAUACCGUCUCGCAGCCCUGAAGCUGGCGAGCUCGAUCCCGACACGGGCCGUCGUAGGCCGUGUCUUGAAAGCUCCGGCAACGAUACCUCGGCAAGGCGAAGCGUUCCUCCAGCUGUACAAGAGAACGCCUCUUUUUUCCGAGACGCCCGAGGAGCAACUCCGCGCAGCCCUGGUCGAGGGCUUCCUCUUCUCCCCCCUCCUGCAGCAGCACAAAUUCGACGUCUUCAAUCGCGCGGGCUUGGCAGUCGACAAGUACCUCGACAUGAUACCCUUCACCUGGACCGGAUGCGACAUGCGCGCGGGCUUCAGGGCGUCGCCACUGUUCCUCUGGGAGAUGAUGAACAUCUCCAUGCUGAGCUACCAGGUCGACGAGUUCAUAGAGGCGGAGGCGGGGCCGGCCGUUGCCGGAGAUCUGAAGGUCCUGCGGGACUUUGUCCUGGACCUGUUCCCCGAUGACAAGAAGACUAGUGCGCCAAAAGACGUGCACAUGGACGGCAGCCCGGCCUGCCGAGAGACGGCGGCGCGUCUGGAGCCGCUCAGACGUUAUGUGGACUACAUCAGGAACCACUGGGCGGUUGCUGCCGCAAGCGCGGCAGAUCAGGUCAACUUGGACCGCGAGCUGCAACUUUACCUGCUCGCGCAUAUCCAGCAGCUACAGGACAACUUACGGCUCGCUGGGCGCGGGGCCGCGGAGAGCGACGACGGAUGCGGACGCGACGGGAAUGCCAAAUGGCCCGCAUCGUCCUUCUUCUCCUGGGUCCGCUCCACGUCGGCGGAUCACACGUCGGCGCCGUGCUACUUUGCCUUCUUGGCGUGUCUGAUCCCAAACACGGUGGCGACGACGGGCAUGGCGAGCGGGGGGAGGGGGACGCCUGAGUGCUUCCGCACAGUGGAGGAAAAGUACCUGGCGGCGGCGGCCAGCCGGCACCUCGCGACCAUGUGCCGCAUGUACAACGACUUGGGGUCUGUGGCGCGCGACGCGGCCGAGGGGAAUCUCAACUCGCUCGACUUUGCCGAGUUCCGCGUGGGCGGCACGGCAUCGGCCAAGGGCUCGCUCUUCUCGCUGGCGCAGUUCGAGCGAGCCUGUCUCAUGGAAGCCAUGGGGCGGCUCCAGGCGGCGUCGACUCAGGCGGUGGGCACGUCGGGACGGCAGAGGGCAUCGAAGACACGAUGGAUGGCGUGUUGGCGCAUGUUCUGCGACGUCACGGACCUGUAUGGUCAAAUAUAUGUGUUGCGAGACAUGUCGAGCAGGGUCGUGAAGGAAGCAGGAGAGGGCGUAACGUUUGGCUGACAUGCAUGUAGGUAGGUAGGUAGGUAGGUACGUAUCUAGGCUGGUCUGAGGUCAAUACAUGUUUCUGUGAGCGACUUGCGCCACACAAGCCACACAAGCCACACAAGCCACAGAAGAAAGGUGGCUGUAGCCAGUUCGGCAUCAUGUCCGCCCGAGGUAACAAUGACAUAGGUAGUAUUUCAACACAUCCUGCAAGUUCACUAAACCACGGAUCACGAAGUUUGUUGAUAGGUACCCAUGUUACAGUCAAGUCCAACACUUGCUGCUGUCUGGUUGCAUUUACUGCGUGCGUACGUACGAUGUCGUACGAUGUAAGUAGCCAGGC